GUCAAGCUUUCCAGUUUCUUUUGCACCUUUUAUGAGGAGAGGAAAUGACUUUAUCAGAAGUUGCUCCAAGUUGGUCGUUCUUGCUCUGUCUUCCUAUCAAAGGGACUUGCAGAGAGGAAAACACUGCAGCCGAUUCCUGAGGACUUUUGGGAGGAAUCUGCCUUGACUGAGCAGGAGAUAAAAAUGACAACUUCAUCGAUUAGGCGGCAAAUGAAAAACAUUGUGAACAAUUAUUCAGAGGCUGAGAUAAAAGUGCGAGAAGCAACUUCCAAUGAUCCCUGGGGUCCAUCCAGCUCCUUAAUGACUGAAAUCGCAGACCUGACUUACAAUGUGGUGGCCUUCUCUGAAAUUAUGAGCAUGAUCUGGAAGCGGCUGAACGACCAUGGCAAGAACUGGAGGCAUGUUUACAAGGCUUUAACACUUUUGGAUUACCUGAUCAAAACUGGGUCAGAGAGGGUGGCACAGCAGUGCAAAGAGAAUAUCUUUGCUAUCCAGACUUUGAAAGAUUUUCAGUAUAUUGACCGGGACGGGAAGGACCAGGGCAUCAAUGUACGGGAGAAGUCCAAGCAGUUGGUAUCCCUGUUGAAGGAUGACGACCGGCUCAAGACCGAGAGGGCCCAGGCCUUAAAGACCAAAGAACGCAUGGCUCAGGUGGCCACUGGGGUCGGUAGCAAUCAAAUCACCUUUGGCAGAGGAUCCAGUCAGCCUAAUCUGUCCACCAGCUACUCUGAGCAAGAGUAUGGCAAAUCUGGAGGCUCCCCGGCUUCCUACCACGGGUCUACAUCACCUAGAGUGUCUUCAGAACUGGAGCAGGCACGACCUCAGACAAGUGGGGAAGAGGAACUCCAGUUGCAGCUGGCUCUGGCCAUGAGCAGAGAAGUUGCAGAACAGGAAGAGCGCCUUCGCCGUGGCGACGAUUUGAGAUUGCAGAUGGCUUUGGAGGAAAGUCGCAGAGAUACCAUUAAAAUUCCCCAAAAGAAGGAGCACACGGCUUUGCUGGAUCUCAUGGAUGCCCUGCCGUCCUCGGCCACCCCUGCCCCAAAAGGAGAGCCUUGGAAGCCGCCAGCUACAGUAAACCAAGCCGACCCUUGGGGGGGUGCGGCAGUCAGCACUGCCACCUCAGAUCCAUGGCAAUCGUUCGGUGCCAAACCAGCAACCUCUGUUGAUCCAUGGGGAGCCCCCGCAGCAUCCUCAGCUGCCCAGCCUCUCCCAAAGAAUGUAGAUCCUUGGGCUCCUUCCCAGCCAUCGUCCGUGGCAACCAAAGCAGCCAUGGGCCCUUGGGGACCAGCACCAGUAAACAAGCCAAUUUCUGCUUCUGGUAGUAAAUCUUUCGACCUCUUCAGCAAUUUGAAUGGGACAAUUAAAGAUGACUUUUCUGAAUUCGACAGCCUUCGAACAUCUAACAAGCAAGGUUCUGCUUUGUCAGCUCAGAACAGUGGGACCACCAGCCCUGACCUCUUGGAGUCCCAGCCUGCUAACUCCUCUUCAAGUAAACAGAGUGCAGCUCGGAAAACCCCUGAGUCUUUCUUGGGCUCCAAUGCUGCUUUGGUGAAUCUGGAUUCCUUGGUAUCUAAGCCACCCCAACCAGCACCAUCCCUCAAUCCUUUCUUGGCUCCAGGAUCCGUGGCGUCAGUGGCUUCUCCUUCUGCAGCUGCAGUCAACCCCUUCCAAGUGAAUCAGCCUCAGCCCCUUACUCUCAAUCAGAUGCGGGCCAGUCCCAUCCUAGGGAGCAGCCUGUCCUUCAACGCUGUGCCGGCGGCGGGGCUGGAACCAGGACCUCUUCCUUCUGCAGCCCCUGUGGCCCUGGCCCCCAUGCCAGCCAUGGGCACGGUGACCUCUCUAACCAGGAUGGGCCAGGGAGUGAGUGUGGGCAUGGUGGGGUCCAUGGCACAGCCUCUUCACCACACUGGGAUCCCUCCCUCGGUUUCCCAGCCGGCAAACGCUACUAACCCUUUCCUCCUAUAAAGCCUCACUUGGGAAAGGUUUGCAGAACAUUGGAGGUUGGCUUGGGCUGAACCGUGAGCGCUGGAGACGUGGGUGGCUAGGCUGGCGGGCUGCUGUUGCAUUCUUUGGGAGUUCCUUGUGCCCUUUGCCAUUUAAUGAGACCUGCCCUUUCGCUGGAGAUGGUACUUUCUGUUUUGGCUCAUGGCAGCCCUGCAGAAGGGCUUCGGUGUUCCUCACCAGUCAGGUUUCUACUCCCCUCCCCGCCCCCCCUUCCCUCCCCCCUUUUUGUUAAACAUUUCAAGGUAAUAGACUUUGCCAUCUUAAAUAGCCCCGUUGUCCCGUAGACCAUAAGCUGCACUCCUAAGUGCUACAGCCCAAGCCAGUCCAAAUCCCAUGCGUGUAAAAAUACAUUUGAGACUCGAGAGUGCUAGUGAACAUGUUUGCACAUAACCACAUACUCUUCUAGACUGUUGGUUCACCCAUAGUCCUUAUAAUUCUUGGCGAAAGAGGCAUCUGGCGUACCCAGACGUUUGUUUCUGUAUAUCCUUGCACACUAAAAUGUUGUAGCGCAAAACUGUACCCCCCUUUUUUCCCCCUCCGAGGACUGGGUGGGAAGGGUUGGUGUGGACAGAACGAGCAAGCUUAUCCAGAGCAGGAGAACAGGAGCAAGUUCUGUGAAGUCCUGCAAGUUUUUGUGAAACCCUUCAAGUGUGCUGUUUUGUAUGCAGUGUUGAAUUUCUACACUUACACGGACUGUCCACGACUUCUGUCUGAAUGGCUGGCAUGCUGCACUUGUGUUCAGGACUGGUUUUGGCUCUGUGCUUGUCUGAUAGUGACUUCAUUUGGAAAUUAUUAUACAUGCUCUUUUAAUUUAACUUGCAAUGCAAGUUUUAAAAAGUGUAUGGUGGAAAAUACUGAGGUAAUAUGGUGGGAACUGAUUUUGGGUGACCUUUUGUUAUUAUGCAGUAAUCCUUGUAUACUUUUGCACUUUUAAGGAUAGUACCGUUUUGGGUUUGAGUUGGCAAGGUCGGCAUUCUGUUUCACUCUUGCUAAUUUUUAUAAUGUUCUUAUUUAACAGUCAAUAGUUUUGAUAGACUUAUCAGGUUUAGUGGAAAAAUUAAGAUACCGUCUUUCUUUUCCAAUUCUUUCUUUUUUGGUUUAAUGUCUCUUAUUUAUAUAUAAAUAUUUUAGCUCUUGGUUUUCAUAAAGAGAAUUUUAAAGGGAAUAUUGACAAACCUUCUGCUUUUGAAAAAAGACAUUUGUAUUGAAAAUUGAAAUGCUCCUGUGACAUAAAUUUCAAGAGGAAUAUGGCUAAGAUGACAUUUAAGAGGAAAACACUACAGUUGCCUUUCCGUUUCCCUGUUUUAUGAAUACAUCUUCCCCACUCUGUGUAGAAAAACUCCUGGAAACCUUGGACAGAUAGAAGAUCAUGGAAAAAUAAAUGACUUCUUGUAAUACUUUCAGCAACUUAAAAAACAAAACACUGCUGUAUGAAUGUUACUUCUACUUAACUAAAUUCUUCUAACUAAAGAUGCACUCCAUGAUGAUAAGUGGCUCUGUUUACAGUCUUCACUGAAAAGUAAACUUUUGAUUCUUUGGGCUCAUUUUUUUCACUAAGCCAUACUCAGGUUUAAGUGGUUACAAACUGCUUGAAAAUUCUUUUCUUUUCAAAUGGCAACUCUAAGAAAGCACACGUAAACAUAACGUGUGUGCCCACAUACAGAUGUUCUCAGCAGAGCUCGAUGAGGUCUCUUGAUACUGGAGCCUCACUCUGUGCAGUAGAACAUCUGUUGGGUGGCUUUUAAUAAUUUAUUUUUAAAAGAAAGAAAGAUCAAUGUCAGGAGGACUCUGCUGGUUGGUAAAGUUUCUCAAAGGGUGGUGUGUGGCUUGAAGAUGGCAAGAGGGGCCCAACUGCUGGUGACCUUGAGGGGAGAUAUCUGUGAUACCCAGAAUACCAAUGUUACACACAGACAUUGUGAGGUUAAUUCAGACAAGCAACAGCUUUCCAAUUGCUGCUGCCCCCAUUUCUCAUUGUAUUUCCUUUAGCUUGCUGCAAAGUUGUGUUUGAUACCUCACAACAGGUCAUUUCACGCUGAGUAGCAGUGAACACCCUAGAUUGGCCUUCUCCCACCCAGAACCUCUUCCAGCUUCUGUCCCUGUCCUAUGUGGCCAGUGUGGUCUUUAUAGUCCCUGGAGAAUGUCUACUUGAAAAAGGGCUUCCUAAUUUAUUUUUGCCCAAGUGGAAAAAAUCCUUAUUUUCUGGAAGCUUGUACUAUGGAGCUAAACCAGGUAAGGUAUGCUAAAUAAGUAUUUUAUCUGAAGUCAACAAAAAAAGUUUUUGACUCAUGUUGAUUUUUUCUUAAGUAGCCAAAGUUUUUUAAAACUCUUUUAAAAGAGCUUCAGUUAAACAUGACAUCUUCCUGGUAACGCUUUCUUUCAAAUUAACAUAGACUAACAACAUUUACUGUACCUUCUUUUUGGCCUCCUACCCCUUCUUCCAUGAAGUGAUCUAAGCUUUGGAAUGCUCCAAAAGGGACUUUUUUAAAAUUAAAAAAAUUCUUUUAUUUGUUCAAUUUCUACCCUGUCUUUCCUCUAGAAGCUUAAUGUGACAUACACAAUACCCCUCCCCUUAAUUCCAGCCCCUGCACAACCUAAGGGGGUAGGUCAGGCUGAGAGCACAGUUGGCCCCAAAGUCACCAGUGAACUUUCAUGGCUGACGGUGGACUUAAUUCUACCAGUCAGAGAUCAACAAAUCUGUCUUUCCUUCUUGCACUGAGUUUUGGAGCAUGAGAAAAGAUGAGAGACAGACAGACAUGGGUAAAUGGGUAAGGAUUAGUGAUAGGAGAUGGAGUGGUCUGGUCACGCACACAGAGAAAGGGACAAGGAUAAAAUUCUAGGAACCAGAUGGGCAAUUCUCCAAGAACAGCCUUGUCUGGAAGCCCCCUAAUUCAAGCAAAAGUAUCACACCCAUCCUAUUUCUCUGCCUCCAACUAUUUUUAAUGCAUAUUUUGUAUGAUUAUUGCUUAAACUGUGGAGGAAUAUCUAGUCUGUUUUGGUUUUUGUGGCAGAAUCUUGCAAAUGUAAGGAAACACUUCUAGAAUGUUUGAAGCUAUUUUCUAAAACAUUGGGAGCAGGCUACUUUUGAUCUGUGCUGUUGAACUUUACUGUACGGCUAUAAUUUAUCAUUUGUACCGUUGUAUCAUAACGUUCCCUUAUUGCAGAAAUGUGAUGGUCACUCAGCCGUAGAAAGGUGGGGCUUGUCAGAAUUCAGUGUCUUGUCAGAAUUAAACACGUAUUGCUUAUAUA